GAAAAUAUUUUUUUCUUUACCUCAAGAAUUGUUCAAUGGACAUAAUUUUUUCUGUAGUAUCUAGCUUUAUUGUUGAGGUGGGAAAGUUUGUGUGUAAAUGCAUCUAUCCUCAGAUUGAGAAUACCAUCCAUUUCUCAUCAAAUACAGAAAAUGCAAGAAAGGAAAUACUAAAGCUAAGAGAGUUUAAAAAUGAUAUCAAAGAGAAGAUGGAAAGAGCUUUGAGAGAAGGCUAUAAACCAAAACCAGAUGUUCUUAAGUGGCUUACAGAGGUUGACAAGCUAGAGAGUGAAUGGGACUCUAUCCAAGAUGGCAUUUUAAUGAUGAAGAUGGUUGCAUUCAAAUGUUGCAUAAAUUGCAAUCUUUGCUCGGAACUCUCUACUCGAGCACGUAACUUGAUAGAUCAAGUUUGCAAGCUUAUAGCAAUCCGAGAAAAUUUUGGAUCCAAUUUGGUGGUAGAAGAUUAUGUGAAAAAAAUUGAGUUCAUCCCAGGACCAUCAAUAGAAGGCCAGCGAACUGCAAGAAAAAAUCUCAACGAGAUCCUACAACAGUUAAAAGAUGAUAAGGUAUACCUCAUUGGUGUAUGGGGUAUGGGAGGAGUUGGUAAAACAACUUUGGUAAAGAAUCUGAACAAUGAGCUCCUAGAGACUGAUAUAUUCAGCUCCAAACAGUCUUUUGGUGUUGUUGUAUGGGCUACAGUGCCCAAACCAACAGAUAUAAGAAAGAUCCAAGCACAAAUUGGCAAGAGAUUAAAACUACAGGUAAAUAGCGAGGAAAGCAUAGAAAGCAUUGCCAGCAAAAUUCAUCAAAGGCUCAAUGAAGAAAGGAGUUUCCUUCUUAUGCUGGAUGAUGUUUGGGAACCGAUAAACUUGGAUCAUGUAGGUGUGCCCCAGCCUGAAGAUUCCCCAAGAAGCAAGGUAAUUAUAACUUCUCGGUUUUUGGAUGUUUGUAGGCAAAUGAGAACAGACAAGGAAAUAAAGGUGUACACAUUGGAUGAGGAUGAAUCUUGGCACAUGUUUGUCAAAAAUGCAGGAGAUAUUACGAAUCUGGAGCAUAUUCAACCAUUCGCAAAAGAAAUUGCAAUGGAGUGCGAUGGAUUACCUUUAGCAAUCACUGUCAUUGGAGCAUCUAUGAGAGGGAAGAAGAGGGUCGAGCUAUGGAAAGAUGCUUUGGAAUCACUUAGAAGGUCCGAACCUCAUAACAAAGAUAUAAAAGAUAAGGUUUACAAGGUCAUCAAGUGGAGUUUUGAUUCUUUAGAAUCUCAGGAUAUUGAAUUAUCUUCAGAGCAAAGAAGCAAACAUGUGAACAAAAGGGGAGGUGACAUUCAAAGUUGUUUCUUGUAUUGCUCUUUAUAUCCAGUGGCUAUUUCGACAGAUGAUCUCAUACAUUGUUGGUGGGCGGAGGGGUUCCUUGGAGAACGUAACACAUAUGAAGAAGCCUACAAUAGGGGAAUCACAAUGGUUGAGAGUUUAAAGGAUGCCUGCUUGCUAGAAACCUAUAAGAUGGAUUCCGUGAAGAUGCAUGACGUGGUUCGCGAUGUUGCUAUAUGGAUAGCUAAUUCCUUUGGGAAUGAACACAACUCUGUUAUUCAAGCUGGAGUUGGGUUGGCUGAUAUAUCACACAUGAAUAUGUCAACUUCUGUCAAGAGAAUAUCUUUCAUAAGCAACAAAAUCAAACGCCUACCUGAUUCCUUCAUGGAAUGCCCAGAGACAACAACUUUACUUUUGCAAGACAAUGGUCCCCUUGUGAAAAUUCCCAAUACAUUUUUUUUGGCAUUUCCAGCCCUGAGAGUUCUGAAUCUGAGUCAAACUGGUAUUACUGCACUGCCUUCUUCCAUAAAUAGUUUAUAUCAACUACAUGCUCUAAUACUACAAAAUUGCAUUGGGUUGAAAGACUUACCACCUAUUGGUAAUCUUCACAAUUUGCAAUUGCUCGAUUGUGAUAAUACAAGGUUACAUUGUCUGCCGCAAGGUAUGGACAAGUUGACAGACCUGAGGCUAUUAAAUCUGCCUGCAGCUGAUUUGGAGAGUAUCGACAAAGGUAUUUUUGUCAAAAUGUCUAGAAUUGAAAUGAUAAAUAUGUUGGAUACCAUAUCCCAUAGGGGCAGAAAGAAUGAGAUGACUCUUCUUGGAUCAACCUCUUUUGAUGAGCUAUCAUCUCUACACAAGCUGACUUCUCUUUGUAUUAGAGUGGAUAGCUCAUCAAUUUUGAAUAAGGACCAUACCUGGAUGUCUAGAUUGAAAAAGUUUUGCAUUGAAGUUGGGGAAGGUCAAUUUGCACUAAAAUACAACAUGUCAACGAGGAUGAUAGGCGUCUCCAAGUGUGAAAAUUUCAGUAAAGGAGAGCUCUUAGGCAUGUUGCAGUUUGCUUCAGAACUGUACUUGGUAGAUUGCAUGGGUCUCAAGAAGUUGAUUGUCUACAACAAUUUUAAUAGAUUAAAAUCACUAGACAUUAAAGACUGUUCUUGUGAUUUCAGACCAGUGGAAGAAGGAAGUGGACAGUUAGACCCUCUGCCGAAUCUGGAAUGUCUUCGCCUCCACUCCAUACAUAAUUUAAAGAGUGUUUCUGAUUUCAGUCAUUGUCUGAGUCUAAGCUUUUCUGAACUGCGCCAACUAGAUGUGUACGAUUGUCAAAGGUUAAUUUGUCUUUUUAAUGUUGGUGGAGCUUCUUCUGCACCGAAGCGCCUGGAAGAGGUCAUGAUUUCCUUUUGUGAGCAGCUGGUAGAGUUGUUUGUACAAUGCGGCUCAAGUCAGCCAACUCUUGUCAACUCAGAAAUUCCAAGAGUUCGGAAGUUACUGUUGGAAGACUGUCCAAAAUUAGGAACUCUAGGCGAGCCACCGAAUACGUGGGAACACCUGGAGGAACUUAGUUUGAUAAAAUGCAAUCAAAUAAAGAAAUUGCCUCUGUCUAUUCAAACCUCCAAGAAUAUCAAAGUAAUAAGAGGAGCAUCAGAAUGGUGGAGUCAAUUGAAGUGGGAUGACGACAACUUCAAGUCAAAAUUGGAGCAUUGUUUCCUACCAAAUCUUGACUGACAGCAAGAUCAAAUUUGAAGUUGCUUCCACUGCAUUUCAGGAGUGGACUAGAAAAGCAGAAUAAGGAACUUCAUGCACCCGAGACACAGAGUUUGGAGCUUAAGUUAAUUGGUAGAGUUUGUUGUGAAAUAAUCAGAGGCGGGCCCAGGAUUUUAACGCCACAAGGGCACCAAUAUUCUGCUCAACCAGUGCCCCCUAAAGGCACCAUUAUCAAGGUAUACACAUAUACAUGUACAAAAUUUCUGGCAAAAUUUAUGGGGUCUAGUGACCCCUAAAGAUUACACAUAGGUCCGCAAUUGUCUGUGAUGUAUUUCCUGUCAGCCGAUGUCUUAGGAUUUUUCUGCCUUUAACUGUUCUUGUUUCUACUAUUUGUUAUCUUCUGGUUCUGAUAUUUUGAUUUCCUUCUGUAUACUGAGCAAUUUCCUGUCUCAGUUGUGUUGUGUGAUCACCUUGUUAAUUUUUGCUAUAACAGAACUGAUAUUGCUUCUGUGGAAAAUGUUGUGCUGCUCUAAAGUUCAAUUUGA